UCACCUUUCAUCACGAUCUACCUAAAGCAAGUUCCGUUCAUCUUCUCUGCACAUUGUUUGAGCAAGUUCCGAUUCUUCUAGGAACGAUGGCAGUAAGUUCUGGAAUAGACCUGGCCUUGACAUUAACAAAAUCUCUUCAUUCACCUCCCAGAUUAUUUACGACGAGGGUUGGAGGAAUCAAGAGCUCCCAAUGUAGCUUGGUUGUGGGUAAUAAGGUGAAUUUCACAAAGCAGAGAAGUCAGGUUUCUCAAGUUAGACGUAGGUCUGGUAAAGGUGGAGGUGCUUUAGCUGCUACUUGUCGUGAUGAUAAAAUUCUAGUGGCUAACAGGGGAGAAAUUGCUGUUCGUGUCAUUCGAACUGCUCAUGAGAUGGGUAUUCCUUGUGUUGCGGUUUACUCAACCAUUGACAAGGAUGCACUUCACGUUAAACUGGCUGAUGAAUCGGUUUGUAUUGGUGAAGCUCAGAGCAGUCAAUCAUACUUGUUGAUCCCAAAUGUCCUCUCUGCUGCCGUUAGUCGGGGAUGUACAAUGCUGCAUCCUGGAUAUGGCUUCCUUUCGGAAAAUGCAAAUUUUGUUGAAAUGUGCAGAGAGCAUGGAAUUAACUUUAUUGGGCCAAAUCCUGAUAGCAUACGCGUAAUGGGGGACAAAUCAACUGCCAGGGACACAAUGAAGAAUGCUGGAGUUCCCACAGUGCCAGGGAGUGAUGGGUUAUUACAGAGUAAUGAAGAAGGAAUCAGACUUGCAGAGGAGAUUGGCUAUCCUGUAAUGAUUAAGGCAACAGCGGGUGGUGGAGGACGUGGCAUGCGUCUUGCUAAAGAACCUGAUGAAUUUGUGAAGUUGUUGCAGCAAGCUAAAAGUGAGGCUGCUGCUGCUUUUGGAAACGAUGGUGUCUAUCUGGAAAAAUACAUCCAAAAUCCAAGACACAUUGAAUUCCAGGUUCUUGCAGACAAGUUUGGCAACGUUGUUCACUUUGGAGAACGGGAUUGCAGUAUUCAGAGAAGAAAUCAAAAAUUGCUUGAAGAAGCACCUUCACCUGCUCUGACUCCAGAGCUGCGGAAAGCAAUGGGAGAUGCGGCUGUUGCAGCGGCAGCCUCCAUUGGUUACAUAGGUGUUGGGACAGUUGAGUUCCUUCUUGAUGAAAGAGGCUCUUUUUACUUCAUGGAAAUGAAUACCCGGAUCCAGGUUGAGCAUCCUGUAACGGAGAUGAUUUCAUCGGUUGACCUGAUUGAAGAACAACUCCGUGUAGCUAGGGGUGAAAAACUACGUUACAAUCAGGAAGAUAUUGUUCUCCGAGGACAUUCAAUUGAAUGUCGUAUAAACGCUGAAGAUGCUUUCAAGAACUUCAGACCUGGGCCAGGGAGAAUUACAACAUACUUGCCUGCUGGAGGUCCAUUUGUUAGAAUGGAUAGCCAUGUAUACUCAGACUACGUAGUUCCUCCCAGUUAUGAUUCGCUACUUGGAAAGCUUAUUGUGUGGGCUCCAACUAGGGAGAGAGCAAUUGAAAGAAUGAAGAGGGCUCUCAAUGACACCAUAAUCACAGGGGUUCCAACUACAAUUGACUAUCACAAACUUAUUCUCGACGUUGAGGAUUUCAGAAAUGGAAAGGUUGACACUGCUUUUAUUCCCAAGCAUGAAUCUGAGUUAGCUGUACCACAAGAAUUGGUACCUGUUGUCAAAGAGCUGACAAAGGUUGCUGCUUAGAUGCGUUUCUCGUUCUCUCAAGCGAGUAAUUUAGGUUGGUUUAAAGGUUAUGCUGUUUUUGGCGGCAUUGCUGUUUUCUUUCUAUUUAUAUUGGACUAGAGAUGCUUUGGUUGGAGAAAUAAAAUAACUUUUCCAUAUUUUA